AUGUCAACGAAGUUCGCGUGUUAUAACCGCUCAACUAGGAAUGCUGCUAUCAUUACUGGGAGGACGAUUCUUGCAGCUUCUGAACAGGUUAUUCGGUCCACGUUCGACAUUAAUGUCUUUGGCGCGCUCUCCUGUCUCAAGUUAUUCCUCCCAGCCAUGAUUGCAGCAAAUCGCGGCCAUACGCUUGUAAUGUCAUCCGCUACUGCUUUCCUCACUGUAAGUAGUGUGGUAGAUAAUUCGGCUAGCAAGGCAGCUGUAACAACAAUUGUGGAGGGUUUACGGACUGAGUUGAAGCAUAAACAUGGAAAUUCCCAUGUGAAGUUAAGCGCUUAUUUUCCCGGUACCAUCUCGACUACUCUGUUUCAAGGCAUUGUACAGCCGGCCCCGGAUUUUAUGUUGCCUAUACUGCACCCCGACGAAGUCGCAAACAGAAUAAUCUGUCCCCUCCAGAGAGGAGAAAGGUAUGUGGUCACAUCUUACAUUAAAAAUGAAGCCAUAGGGAAAAUAAACAUGUUCUCCGGCGCUGAUAGAAUUUCGGAUAUAUUAGCGAAAUUGUUACAAUACCAAGAGUCAUGA